UCGACGCUUCCCGUGGCCACGGGCUCAGGUUGCCAAGGGAGACGGCGGAAGUGUUUGAUCGCCGCCUCCGCCGAGAUGGAGAAAUAUGAGAAAAUCAAAGUUGUGGGAAGAGGAGCAUUCGGGAUCGUCCACCUGUGUCGCCGGCGCAGCGACGGCGGCUUGGUGAUCCUGAAGGAGAUCCCAGUGGAGCAGAUGUCCCGGGACGAGCGCCUGGCCGCUCAGAACGAGUGUCAGGUGCUGAAGCUGCUCAACCACCCCAAUAUCAUCGAGUACUACGAGAACUUUCUGGAGGACAAGGCGCUCAUGAUCGCCAUGGAGUACGCGCCGGGCGGCACCCUGGCUGAUUACAUCCAGAAGCGCUGCAACUCUCUGCUGGAUGAGGACACCAUCCUUCACUUCUUUGUGCAGAUCCUGCUGGCCCUGUACCACGUGCACAACAAGCUCAUCCUGCACAGGGACCUCAAGACGCAGAAUAUUCUGCUGGACAAGCACCAGAUGAUCGUCAAGAUCGGUGACUUCGGCAUCUCCAAAAUCCUCGUCAGCAAAAGCAAAGCGUACACAGUGGUCGGGACACCGUGCUACAUCUCUCCAGAGCUGUGCGAGGGAAAGCCGUACAACCAGAAGAGCGACAUCUGGGCUCUGGGCUGCGUGCUGUACGAGCUGGCGAGCCUGAAGAGAGCCUUUGAAGCCGCCAAUCUCCCCGCCCUGGUGCUGAAGAUCAUGAGCGGCACCUUCGCCCCCAUCUCGGACCGCUACAGCCCCGAGCUGCGUCAGCUCAUCCUCAACAUGCUCAACCUGGAUCCCUCCAAGCGGCCUCAACUCAACGAAAUCACGGCGCUCCCGAUCUGCAUACGUCCGCUGCUCAAUCUCUGCACGGACAUCGGCAACGUCAAGAUGCGCAGGAUCGAGAAACCGCUGUCCACUGUGCAGACCGGUCCGCAAGGCAGAACUGGAGGGAGAGUGCCAACCGGCAGGUCCAGAGACGGCUGCGGCGCGGGCAAGCUGCACUCCCUCCCGCUGUCGUCGGUGUACACGUGGGGCAGCGGCAUCUCCGCCCCGCUGCGUCUGCCCAUGCUCAACACCGAGGUGCUGCAGGUGUCGCUGGGGCGCACGCAGAAGAUGGGCGUGACCAAGUCGGGCCGCCUCAUCACCUGGGAGGCGCCUUCGGUGGCGUCCGCCGAGGUCAGUCUGCCCGGCGCGGUGGAGCAGAUGCAGCCGCAGUUCAUCUCACGCUUCCUGGAGGGUCAGUCCGGGGUCACCAUCAAGUCCGUUUCCUGCGGCGACCUCUUCACCACCUGCAUGACAGACAGAGGCAUCAUCAUGACCUUUGGAAGUGGAAGCAACGGUUGCCUCGGUCACGGGAACUUCAACGACGUCACACAGCCCAAGAUCGUGGAGGCGCUCCUCGGCUACGAGCUGGUGCAGGUGUCGUGCGGCGCGUCCCACGUUCUCGCCGUGACCAACGAACGAGAAGUAUUCGCCUGGGGAAGAGGAGACAACGGUCGCCUCGGCCUGGGCGCCCAGGACACCCACAACUGUCCCCGGCAGGUGUGUUUGCCCACCCACUUUGAACCCCAGAAGGUUCUGUGCGGCGUGGACUGCUCCAUGAUCAUCAGCGCUGGGAACAGAAUUGUGGCAUGUGGGAGCAACAGGUUCAACAAGCUCGGUCUGGAUAAAAUCACGUCCGGCGAGGAGCCGAGUCCCUCCAAUCAGGUGGAGGAAGUGCCCUCCUUCGCGCCCGUCCAGUCGGCGCCGCUCAACAAGGAGAAGAUUGUCUGCAUUGACAUCGGCACGGCCCACUCGGUCGCCGUGACAGAGAGCGGCCAGUGUAUCACCUUUGGCAGCAACCAACACGGGCAGAUGGGCUGCAGUUCCCGGCGGGGCAGCCGCGCUCCUUACCCGGUGCCCGGCCUCCAUGGCAUCACCAUGGCGGCCUGCGGAGACGCUUUCACCCUGGCCAUCAGGUCCGAUGGCGAGGCGUACACGUGGGGAAAGGGCGCCCGAGGACGCCUGGGAAGGAAAGAGGAGGACUCUGGGAUACCGAAACCGGUACAGCUGGACGAGAGCCACCCGUUCACCGUGACGUCGGUGGCUUGUUGUCACGGCAACAGCCUGCUGGCAGUCAAACCUUCGCUCGACGAAGCUGUCCCGAGAUGACUGCGUCCAGAAGCCGACCCGGUCCCACUCGGAACAUCCCCUCGGGGACCUAACUGGCG